CCGGGCGGAAGGGCUGUGCGCAUGCGCGCUGCGCUCCCCGGGGCAGCAUGGAGGCGGCAGCCGGCGUGGCGCGCAUCCGCGCGGGGUAUCUCUCCUCCAAAGAGCAGUUCCACGCAUAUCUUAAAGCAGAAUCCGGGAGUCAGGAAAUCAAUCAAGUUGAUGGGGAGCAAGAGUCUACCAGCAAUGACCAAAAUGAGCCUCCAGCCAAACGACUGAAGUUGGACAGCGGUGAUCAAGUUGGGAAGGAAGCAAGCCAAGGGGAAGUUGAGGAAGGUGCAAGAGAGAAGGAGGAACCCCGGGAAAGGAAGAGAGCCCGAGGACAGAACAAGAAUCGGCCAUGUAUGAAGCCAACUCAUUAUGAAAAGGACAGGCUGUGCCCAUCGGUAACCCAGGAACAUGCAGAGAAUUGCCGCUUCGGCUCGCAGUGCCGCUUCCUACACGAUGUGGGGGAGUACAUGGCUGUGAAGCCUGCCGAUCUCGGGGACAGCUGCGUGCUUUUCCAGACCUUUGGGAAGUGUAUUUAUGGAGUCACUUGCCGCUUUGCCAAGACCCACCUCGGGGAGGAUUACAGGAACCUGGUUAAUGAGGACCUCGUGAAGCGAUGGGAAGGGAAGUCACAGGUGAGGAACAACCUCAGCAAGGAGCUCCAGCAGCAGCUGCGCAAGAAGAAGGUUUGCUUUGAAAAAGCCAACAAGUACCUUUGUCAUCUGGCCAAGGCUGGCAGCAAAGGGGGAAAUAAGGCCACAAGUGGCUCAGCAGGGGAGAAGGGGGUGACAAACUGCACAGCAUCCAGGAGCAGCCCCGAGAGUGUGGGCUUGAAACCCCAUGGAGAGAAAGCACAAGAUCUUCAGGUACCAACAGAGGGUGGAGAUGCUCCCAAACCAGUGGCUCCACAAAGCCCUUGCCCCACGAGUGAAUCGGAUAAUUCUGCUGUCAAAACAAUAGGUUCUGUGACUGAUGAGGAUAUCGUAAAACUACGGCCAUGCGAGAAGAAAAAGUUGGAUAUCCAAGGCAAACUCUACCUGGCUCCCUUAACCACGUGCGGUAACCUCCCUUUCCGGAGAAUAUGCAAGCGCUUUGGAGCAGAUGUCACUUGUGGAGAAAUGGCUGUGUGCACAAACUUGCUUCAAGGCCAGUCAUCUGAAUGGGCUCUCCUGAAGCGGCAUUGCACGGAAGACCUCUUUGGAGUGCAGCUGGAGGGUGCAUUUCCCGACACCAUGACGAGAUGUGCAGAGCUCCUAAAUCAGAAUAUUGAGGUGGAUUUUGUAGACAUCAACGUUGGCUGCCCAAUUGAUCUGGUGUAUAAGAAGGGAGGUGGUUGUGCCUUAAUGACCCGUUCCAACAAGUUUGAACAGAUUGUCAGAGGGAUGAACUCGGUACUGGAUGUUCCUCUGACUGUGAAGAUAAGGACUGGUGUGCAAGAAAAAGUCAACCUGGCUCAUAAAGUAAUCCCCAACCUCCGGGAGUGGGGAGCUUCCAUGGUUACGCUUCACGGACGAUCUAGAGAACAGCGUUACACAAAGGUUGCAGACUGGGAGUACAUAGCAGAAUGUGCUAAAAUAGCCAGCCCAAUGCCUCUAUUUGGAAAUGGCGAUAUUUUAUCUUACGAAGAUGCUAAUCAAGCCAUGCAGACUGGAGUUUCAGGGAUUAUGAUUGCAAGCAAAACCAACACGUUGUCUUUGGUUACAACCGUUUUCCUGUUUGAUCUGAGCGUCUUGUCUUAUCACAGAGGGGCUUUGAUCAAACCCUGGAUUUUCACUGAAAUCAAGGAACAAAGACACUGGGACAUCUCUUCCAGUGAAAGGUUCGAUAUUCUCAAAAACUUCACCAAUUAUGGCCUCGAACACUGGGGCUCAGACACCCAGGGAGUGGAGAAAACCAGGAAGUUCAUGCUGGAAUGGCUGUCAUUCUUGUGCAGGUACAUUCCAGCUGGCUUAUUGGAAUAUCUACCUCAGAAAAUCAACGAGCGACCGCCUUACUAUAUGGGGAGAGACUAUCUGGAGACAUUAAUGGCAAGCCAAAAUGUGGAUGACUGGGUUAAAAUAAGUGAGAUGCUCUUGGGACCUGUUCCUACAAACUUCACCUUCCUACCCAAGCACAAGGCGAAUUCUUACAGAUAGUACUGACCAGGAAAUCCUUAAACCAGCAGAUCAAGAGAAGACUAUAAAGUGCUCUGGUGAGAUGCAGAUGACCCUGCCGUGUUUGGGAACCAAAUAAAAUGUUAUGGGUCUUUUUAUU